GCGAGUGCAGUGUCGCACCCCUGUACUGUGUACUUGCUCAUUAUAUCUGUCGCUAUUUGGGCAGUACAGAAGAGCCUCUGUUUCUUAACGGCUUUCUAUAAUGUAGCCUACCUCCGCAGAACGCUCGAGACUGGGCAGACGGGACUCGUCAGUUGUGUUUGGGAAGUUUAUAUUUUCUUCCAACAGAUGUGCAUUUUUUUGUAUUGUUUUGGACCUCAAUCAUUGCACCGUGUUGUCGUUUUAAGAUUCGCCAAUACACCCGUCUUCGAUUGCGGUGGUCACGGUCACCCUAAAUGAAGGGUCUGUGAGCUGGGAUUCUCUCCUUCCACUCCCCCUCACACACACACACUCUCUCGCAUAGACAUUCUGCAGAAUGAGGGAAGCCUGGAGGUGCUUGCUGGGACUGUGCCUCCUGGUACGCUCUGCCUCCCCCGCCUCCCCCCACGGUGCCGCCAACCCCUUUGUUGGGCAACAGAUACCCCCAGAUCCCUGCUACGAUGACGCAGGCGCCGCCCGCCGCUGCAUCCCGGAGUUCAUCAACGCCGCCUUUGGCAAGGAGGUGGCCGUGUCCAGCGUGUGCGGCUGGCCGACGUCGUCGCGCUCUUGUAGCAUGGUGGAGCACGGUGAGGAGUGGCCUUCAGUGCGCACCUGCCAGAUCUGCGACGCAGCGGACCCCUGGCAUGCCCACCCGCCCUCCUACCUCACCGACCUCAACUCGGCCCACAACCUCACCUGCUGGCAGUCGGAGAAUCUGCACAUCUCGCCAAACAACGUCAACCUCACCCUGUCGCUGGGAAAGAAGUUUGAGAUCACCUACGUCAGCUUGCAGUUCUGCUCGCCCCGCCCAGAGUCAUUGGCAAUUUACAAGAGCAUGGACUAUGGCAAGAGCUGGACACCUUACCAGUACUAUUCGUCCCAGUGCCGGCGCAUGUACAACCGGCCUAACAAGGCGGCCAUCACAAAGCAGAAUGAGCAGGAGGCCCUUUGUACCGAUGGCCACACUGACCUCUACCCACUUUCCGGAGGGCUCAUUGCCUUCAGCACUCUGGACGGGCGGCCCUCCGGGAAAGACUUUGACAACAGCCCUGUGCUCCAGGACUGGGUAUCAGUCACCGACAUCCGUGUGGUCUUCAGCCGGCCCCAGCUGCCCCGCGAAAUAGGGACAGGAGAAGGGGCAGGGAUAGGUGGGGGAGGCCAGCCGGACGAGGACCCAAUGGUACCGUCCACGUCUCUGCCGGCGUACUUCUACGCGGUGGGGGACUUCCAGGUGGGCGGGAGGUGUAAGUGCAACGGGCACGCCUCACGCUGCCUCAAGGACAAGGAGGGCAAGCUGGUGUGCGACUGUAAACACAACACGGAGGGGCCCGAGUGCGACCACUGCAAGCCCUUCCACUGCGACCGGCCGUGGCAGAGGGCCAGCGCCCGUGAGGCCAACGAGUGUUUACCGUGUAACUGCAACCUGCAUGCCCGGCGCUGCCGCUUCAACAUGGAGCUGUACAAGCUGUCAGGGAGAAAGAGUGGAGGCGUGUGCAUGAACUGUCGCCACAACACGGCUGGACGCCACUGCCACUACUGCAAGGAAGGCUUCUUCCGGGAUAUGUCCAAGCCCAUCACACACCGUCGCGCCUGCAAAGCCUGUGACUGCCACCCGGUGGGUGCAGCAGGGAAGACAUGUAACCAGACGACGGGCCAGUGCCCCUGUAAGGACGGCGUGACGGGCAUCGCCUGCAACCGCUGUGCCAAGGGCUACCAGCAGAGCCGCUCGCCCGUGGCCCCCUGCAUCAAGAUCCCAGUGGUGAACCCUACAGCCAUGGUCAGCAGCAGCACAGAGGAACCGGCAGCAGAUUGUGAGUCAUAUUGCAAACCAGUGAAAGGGAAUCUGAAAAUCAACAUGAAGAAAUACUGCAAGAAAGACUAUGCGGUGCAAGUCAACGUGCUGGACAUGGAGACGGUGGGCGACUGGGCCAAGUUCUCUGUCAGCGUGGUGUCCGUCUACAAGAGCCGUGGCGAGCCACUCAAACGGGGCGACAACGUCCUGUGGAUUCACAUGAAGGACCUGGCUUGCAAGUGUCCAAAAAUCCAGAUGAGCAAGCGCUUCCUGGUUAUGGGCACUAGCGAGACCGGGCCUGGGGGUUCAGUGCCUGGGGGUCCCAGAGCUGGACCAGGGGCCAUAGGGGCCACUGCAGGAGCAGAGCGAAUAGGGCUCCUGGCCGAUAAGAACAGCCUGGUCAUCCAAUGGAGAGACAUUUGGACACGGCGCCUCCGGAAGUUCCAGCGCAAAGAGAAGAACGGCAAGUGCAGCAAAGCAUGAUGGGAGAGAGAGCAGCACAUCCCAUCCAACACCACCCCCCACCCAUUCUCCUACCCCCCCAUGACCCCUUCCUAGCUCUCAGCUAGUUCACAAACGACCCCACCCCUGACUCCCUAAAAACCCUGAACCCCAAAGCGGGGACACUGCACAUGACAGGGACUGCAUGUAUUUUGCCUGUUUAAGGACCACUUUGUGUAUAUUAUAUAACUACUUCAUUUUUAUUUUGUGCUUUAAUCAUGGGACUCUUAUCUAUUGGUCUGCCUUAAAAAGGGACCAUUAAAAAGGGUACGAAAUGACAACGACAGCAAAAAUGUCCACUCUUGCCCCACUCACAACCCCCCCCCCCCCUUCAGACUGCUUUAGUCCCCCCUCCUGUCACCAUGUUUUAGUGUUUUGAAACUAUCAGAGUUCACAUUUCCGUUCUUGUACCAGGAGUAUUUAUGAAGCUUGGAUAAUCGGAGAGAGAGAGACUGAUUUUUUUGUGUUGUAGCAAAGUCCCUCAUGCAGGCUGCAACCAAUGAAAAGAAAAGCUGCACAAGCUCAGCUCGUCUGCCUACUCCACCACUGUUUCACUGUCUCUAAACCCCCACCUUGUUCUACGCAACUGAGAUUACUAGCCUAGAGAGGCCAUUUUGCCUUGUACUCUUAUUCCAUAUGUUAAGAUAUGUAGACAUCAACUCUCUGCAGUAGCAUCUCUGGACCAGACCCCACAACGGCUGCAUCCUCGUCCACAGAGGAUCGUCACCACAACAAGAGCUGUCCCCACAGGGGCCUUCUCCACCUCCAAACCUCACUUUUACCACCACUGCCAUUGCAGUAUAUACAUAACUUCAGACAGAGGCACCUGCUACACUCUAGUCUACACGCUACAGCUGUUGACAAUGACCCCACCACUCACUCACUGGUUCUACAGAUCCAGUCAUAGACAGACAGUGAGACUGCUUAGAGACGGACUAACUCUAAACUCUAAUAUUGUUUCUCCUUUAUUCUAUAUUCACGUAAUUCUGUUCUCAGAUCCCUAUACUCCUACCGACCUACUGUCUCACUAUCUAAGUGAAGUCCCAGAACCCAUGCACCCCCCCCUGCCAGCCCUCACACCAUGAGCAGGAAAUUGAACCAUGCAUCAUUAUCUGACUAAAUAUAUAUAUUAUUAUUUUUUUAGAGAGGGAGAGAGAGAGACUCCGGCAGAGUGGAAAGUAGCCCGCUUCACAACAAAACAACAGCCAAUACCCCAAACUUCAGGAGGAUAUUAUGCAUAAUGUCUUCCUGUGUUAGUUGAUAAAAAGGUCACGUGUCAUUGUGUGACCAAUAUGUUUAUUAUUUCUGUCUUUCUCUUUUCCUACCACUUUUGACGAUGUGUCCAAUGACGGGCUAGUGAUCGCUUGCCAAGAGAAGAGCUCAAAACAAAGAGUCCGUAAACUUCUAGGCGACAGGUUUUUUGUACAUUUGCAUGUUUGUGGUUUUGCUGGUCUGUCCGAUGCAAAGAAAGAAGUUACAAUAAGCAGAGCAAGGAAUUAACAAUUGUUAACAUCACAAUCCAGAGGAAACACCCUUCGUCAUCUUGCCGACACCUGACCCCUCUCUUCUGUUGCCAAUAAUGCAUCGGGCUGUUCCUACAUUUAAUCAAGAAAAUGAGAAAAUCAGGCCAGAAACGAAACCACAAAGGAACGUCUGUUUGCUCUUAAUGCUGAUGUUUUGUCUUUGACCUUUGACUUAAUUUAUUUAAAAAGAGCGUACAACGUAAAGACAUUGUUAAGGGGUCAUUCUAGCGAGCACUAAUGUAAUGCUCGUGGUUUGUUGGCUGCAGUGCUAUGUUUGGUUUGUCACAUUUUCAAGCCCCUCAGAAGUGUCUCUCCCUCUCUCCUUGUCAGGCCUCUGUUCUUUCUGUUCCGUAACGUGUGUUUCUGUGUCUUAGAUAAGUGACAGAAGUCAGCUGCAGUCCUUAUUAAUAAGUGGUGUAGUUUCCAUUUAGAGUUUUCCACACUGAGUGUACAAACAUGUAGGCUCUUUCCAUGCAGGUGAAAGCUAUGCUCCCUUAUUGGUGUCAUUUUGUUCAAUACACUUCAAUCAGUGUAGAAAGGAUAAAGACGGAUUUUGAGGCCCUGAGAUAAUUGGGAUGGAUUGUGUGCCAUUGAGAGUGAAGACAAAAUAUUUCAGUGCCUUUGAAUGGGUUAUGGUAAUAGGAGAUAGACGCACCUGUUUGCGUGUGCCAAGAACGUUUUUUUCAUGCUCAACAGUUUUCUGUGUGUAUCAAGAACGGUCCCCCACUCAAAGGACAUCCAGCCAACUUCCUACAACUGUGGGAAGCAUUGGAGUCAAAAUGGGCGAGCAUCCUUGUGGAACGCU